UUCAUUCCGGGAAACAUCGACACCAUUACGAUAAAAAUGUAUACUUCAUUUUUCACCACCUUCGCGCUUCUCAGCGCCACAUCGGUCAUGGCUAUCCCCCAUGCUCUUUCCAACAGACAAGCCCGAGCAUGCUUUUUGAUCGGAAAUACCGCGCUGCCUCAAGAGGUAGUCGAUGCCGCCGCUUCCCUUCAGUCAACUGUCACCUGUAAUGCGGCAGUUACACCCCUAAGCGGUGUUCCAGAUGUGACCAGCGGCUCCACUUCUUUCAGUUCCAUCGACUUCAGCAAGUCCAGUAAAUCGCCUCUGCAGUUCGCUCUCGAAACAUUCGCGACCAAAACUCCUUUGGCGGAUACAGAUUUGGCCACCUUCCAGGACAGUGUUAAUGUAUACACUGCAACCGAGGCGGGUAUCCGCAGUGUGGGCGGCAACCUUGCGAUCAAGGUGCCAAAAUUCUUCCUGGCAAUGCAGAUCUCCAGAAUACAGACGGCCCAGGGUAACCCGCCCACAGCAGCUGGCUUGCAGGUAGACCAUUUGAGGGACAAGGUCACGAAGAACGCUGCCGGGGAGAGAAAGGCCCUUAUAGAUCAGGUUGUCGCCUUGGCAGCCGUUACAGCCUGA